AAGGUGAUAUCUUAUCCGUGAAGUACGGUCACACCACCAAGCGCAAGUGUGAGGAUUUUUAGAUUUUGCCACUAAAUGAACUAAAAACGCAAGCAAAACAAAGGACUGGAGCAGAAUUACCUGUUGGAAGCCACAAUGCCACCCACGAUUAACAAUUCGGCGGUAAACAGUGCCGCCGAAAAGCGACCCCAGCGGCAAACGGAGCGCAAAUCCGAGAUCAUUUGCCGCGUGAAGUAUGGAAACAACUUGCCGGACAUACCCUUCGAUCUGAAGUUCUUGCAGUACCCCUUCGACAGUCACCGCUUCGUGCAGUACAAUCCAACGUCGCUAGAGCGUAACUUCAAGUACGACGUUUUGACGGAGCACGAUUUGGGUGUCACGGUGGACCUGAUUAACCGGGAGCUCUAUCAGGCCGACUCCAUGACGUUGCUGGACCCCGCCGAUGAAAAACUGCUGGAGGAGGAGACCUUGACUCCCACAGACUCUGUGCGUUCGCGCCAGCACUCGAGGACGGUGUCAUGGUUGCGAAAAUCCGAGUACAUCUCCACCGAGCAGACGCGCUUCCAACCCCAGAACCUGGAGAACAUCGAGGCCAAGGUCGGUUACAACGUCAAGAAAUCGCUUAGGGAGGAGACUCUCUACCUGGACCGCGACGCCCAGAUCAAGGCCAUCGAGAAAACCUUCAGUGACACCAAGAGCGAAAUUACCAAGCACUAUUCCAAGCCCAAUGUGGUGCCCGUGGAGGUACUGCCUAUUUUCCCCGACUUCACUAAUUGGAAGUACCCGUGCGCCCAGGUCAUUUUUGACAGUGAUCCGGCUCCUGUGGGCAAAAACGUGCCCGCCCAGCUGGAGGAGAUGUCCCAAGCCCUGAUUCGCGGUGUGAUGGACGAGAGCGGCGAACAGUUUGUCGCCUACUUCCUGCCCACAGAGCAGACUCUGGAAAAACGCCGCACCGACUUCAUCGCUGGCGAGCUCUACAAAGACGAAGAGGAGUACGAGUACAAGAUCGCCCGAGAGUACAACUGGAACGUGAAGACCAAAGCUUCCAAAGGCUACGAAGAAAACUACUUCUUCGUCAUGCGGCAGGACGGCAUCUACUACAACGAGCUGGAAACCCGAGUGCGCCUUAAUAAGCGUCGCGUUAAGGUUGGCCAGCAACCCAACAAUACCAAGCUGGUUGUCAAGCAUCGCCCGUUGGACAGCAUGGAACAUCGUAUGCAGCGCUAUCGCGAGCGUCAGCUAGAAGUUCCUGGCGAGGAAGAGGAGGAGGUGGAGGAGGAAGUGGGGGAAGACGAGGAGCAGACCCAAAUGAUUGGCGAGACGGAGACGAAGAUCGAGGAUGCCGCUGGUGGUGCACAGGCAGCAUCUGGAGGGGAUUCCCCCGCCCAAGUAGCCCGCGAUCGACAGUCGCGUUCUCGGACUCGAACUCGCAGCGGGUCCAGUUCAGGAUCGGGAUCUGGAUCCGGUUCGCGGGCCAGCAGCCGCUCAAAGUCUGGUUCUCGGUCUGGUAGCGGCUCCAGAUCUCGCACAAAUUCCCCGACAGGAUCCCAGAAGUCCAGAUCGAGAUCGGCAUCACGUUCCCGAUCCCGUUCAAAGUCCGGCUCUCGGUCGCGUUCUCGAUCUGGAUCCAAAUCCGGCUCCCGCUCCCGUUCGGGCUCCAGAUCUGGCUCUGGAUCGCGGUCGCCCAGCCGAUCACGCAGUGGAUCGCCUUCUGGAUCAGGAUCCAGUUCUGGAAGCGGCUCAGAUGAAUAAGUAAUUACAAAAAAUGCCGUUCAUAAAAAAUAAGUUUAAGUAAAUUGAUUUAAUUGAUUGAUUCGCCUCAAUUCAGAGCUCAGAAUUCAUUGCCUAGAAUAGUUUAAUUAAAAUCGGCAGUUAAACAUUUUGCAUUGAAAGCGGGUUGAAGUCGGGUCCUUGUCGAUUUACACUUGGCCGCACCAUCUCAACACUAUUCUGUCUGAGAUAAAGCAAAUAAUAUACAGACAAGAAACGUAAUUAAUAGGUUUUUUCUUAGUAAGUGUCUAGGAAUUGAUUAGAUCGCCUUUGGGGAAGUGCGAACAAUUUAAAAUGUUUUACAAACAUUGUAAUCAAUAUACAUAUUCUUCAA